UAUUUUGAUCGAUAAGAUGUGCACGAACUUAUCACGCGUUUGCUUAACGAUAGUAGAAAAAGAUUUUCUUGUAUUAACAAGGACACACCGAUUCCGUGCUAAAGCGGUAUGGUUAACAAAUCAGUUAAUUAUUCGAUACAGCACAAUGAAAAAAUACAGCAGCAACACCAACAAGAGAUAAUAUACGCUGUAACUUUUGGCGUGACCAUGGCUCUUAUUUUGGUUGGCAAUAUACUCACUUGUCUUGUUUUUUGUAUUCAACGAAAUUUACGAACUGCUAUGAACUAUUUUAUCAUAUUCUUAGCAUUCAGCGAUAUAUUUGUUGCGUUGGUUCCCAUGCCGAUUUACUUGUACUUUAUCAUAAAGAAAACCUGGCCACCAAUGAUACAAAGUGACACGUUUGCAUUGCUUGACGUAAUCACAUGCGUAUCAUCUAUUGGAAACUUAACUGCGAUAAGUAUUGACAGAUACUAUGCAGUUGUCUAUCCCCUUAAACACAGAGCAUACAUGACGAAAAGAAAAUCUUUAUUUAUUAUUGCAUUUGUUUGGAUUUGUAGUGUGACCAUUGCUUUAACCAACAACCUACUUGGAUGGGUGAAAUAUACAUACUUUGCUAUGUUACUAGGUGUGCUGUUUCCCUUUAUUUUCAUGAUCUUUGCGUAUGUUUCGAUUUUUUACACGGUAAAAAAGAGUCGAAAAGUGUCGAAAAGAUCAGUGGCAAGGGAAUGGAAGGUAGCUAGGACAAUUUUAAUUGCUAUCACUGUCUUCUUCCUGUGUUGGAUACCGUUCUUAGUUGUGAAUCUCUACAUAGUAAUGACAAUGAAUCCAGUUUCACGAGUUCUUGUCUACGGCGUAAAAUGGCUACAUUAUUUUAACAGUUGCUGUAAUCCGAUUAUUUAUGGAUUAUUUCAUGAUCAAUUCGCAACAGCGAUUAAAGUUUUUUUGAGGAAGUGCUUAGGAAAGCCGGAUACACCUUUAAGAAGGGGAGCCAAUACCCGGCAAAACUUACAAUGAGCACUGGGGCGAAAUCUUUGCGUUUCGAUGGAAGCUCUAAAAACUCUGUUUCUU